AUGGCACGUAAUGAGGAGAAGGCACAGUCUAUGUUAUACCGCUUCCGUGAGGCGCAAGCCGCCGAGUUGGGCCUGGCGCAAAAGGGGGACAAACGACCUCGAAUGGCUAGCGCGUGUAAAAGCUUGCGCGACUGCGAGCGCUGGCGUGGAGAGAUUCUCCGAGAGAUUUCCCGCAAGGUCUCUAAGAUACAGGAUGCCGGUCUAACUGACUACGAGGUACGAGACCUGAACGAUGAGAUCAACAAAUUAAUGCGAGAAAAACGACACUGGGAAAACCAAAUAGUUGCGCUUGGAGGUGCGAACUACCGGCGGAAUGUGCCAAUGUUGGAUGAGGACGGAAAGGAAGUUCCUGGUACACGUGGUUACAAGUAUUUUGGGCGUGCAAAGGAGCUUCCAGGUGUAAAGGAGCUUUUCCAGAAAAACACCGAGAAAGAGGACGAGGAAAACCGUGUGCUUGCACAUUACAAAAAGUUCCUCGAUCAGGGGCCUGCAUACUUUGGUGACCAUGACGAAGAUGAUGAAGAGCUGUUACAAUAUGAGAUUGAAUCCGAGAGAGCAGAGUGGGAAAGUGCUUAUCAGAACCUCAAGACCUCCCUUGAACUUCCCGACGACUCACAAGCCCCCAAGAUUCCUCGCCCAGACCCCAUCCCAUUGUCAAAAAUAAUGGCGCAACUAUCUCAGACGGGCGGUGAUACUGCAAUGACGGAGGGCGACGGCAACAAUACAGACUCCACAAGUAUUAUUCACCCCCCUAUGCUGUCGGUGCUGUCCCCCGCAGAUCUUCAACACCCCAAAAUGCCGAGUAAAGAAGAAAUGGAAGGAGUAUUACUCGCCCUGCGCAAAAGGGCCUUGUUGGAGCAGUACCUUGGUGACGAAACGCCUGCAUAA